AUGCCCGCUCCUUCAGCUCCUUUGACUCACACCAUCCACCCACACACAUCCGGUUCCGCCUUUCCCUCCUCUUCGAUAUACAAUAACGCUUAUGUUGACUGUCGGCCAUUUUCUGGAGUCUGGAGCUCGUCCGUCAAGUUUCCGAUCACUUUGAAAAUUUUGGAGAAAGUAAAACAGACCUAG